AUGCCUCAAACGGAGGAAAUUCAAUGUCCAUUAUGUUCCUCCAAAGUUUCAAAUUUUCAUAUUAAUUUAACUUCAGAUCUAUUGAUGUGUAUUAAUGAAUCGUGCACGUAUCCAUUCGAAACAGAGGAUAUCUCAAAAUUUAUUGUGCAAAAUGAUGAACAGACAGCUCUAGCCUCUGAUUCAGAGAUUCGAAAUAGUGGGACCAACGACAUAGAGUUCCUUCCAUCAAUCUCAGGUGAUCCCUCAUUUGAUCUAAAUCCUUUUAAAAGCAAUAAUGAUCUUACUUUUACAUCGCCUGUCGAAAAAAAUGAAGCAAUAACGGAUUUAUCACAAUUCGAUGAGAUUCUGAAUAACCUUUCGACAAACAAUAAUGAUUUUACCUCCAAUGGCAUAGAUAUGUUGUUAAACGAAAUUGACUUCUCAUCAACAUUGGGAAAUGAUGAUGGCAGUAAUAAUUUAAAUCAG